AGGGUUGACACGAGCCAUACGAGUCGCCUAUAAAACGCAUCGGUUAAGCGUUUGAACAGUGUCAGUUGUUCUUCAACUGUGGUCCAGUUCUUACAUACUCCCUCCCCCAGUUUGAACAAUGAAGAUUUGGUUGGUCGUCGCUGUUUUGGCUGUUGCGUUAGCUUCGGCUAAUGUCGCCCAAGCUGCUGCGGAUGUGACCGCUGCCGUUUACGUGUCUCAAGAAGAUGAUGAUAUCAACAACGAAACCACCGAAAUAUACAAGAAUACGGAAAAUGAUGACGAUGAUGACAAGGUUCACUUCCAACAGGAAGUGCGAAAGAUUGAAGAUUCCAGGGAAUCGGCUGAAUAUAUCCAGGCAAAGAGGACUGCUGAAAUCCCCACCUGCAAACCGAUUUACAUUUACCUUCCAGCACCAGCUCCGGCCGUCACACCUGCUGCGUACGUUCCACCUCCAAAGUACGUCGCUCCCACAACCGCUGCCCCGGCUUACGUUGCCCCGACCACUGCCGCACCGGUUUACGUUAGACCAACGACCGCCGCACCUGUCUACGUUGCCCCCACAACCGCAGCACCAGUCUACGUUGCCCCCACAACCGCAGCACCAGUCUACGUUGCUCCCAAGACCCCAGCUCCCGCCUACGUAGCUCCCGCAUACGUGGCUCCUGCUUACACAACUGUAGAGGUCAAAACAACGGAGAAGAAGUACGGCUCCGUCCGAGCACCAGGUUACAACUUGGGUUACGCAAAAACUGAGACCACCGUACCGGGAUCGGUUGACGUUAAGACCACGUACAGGGCCGCUGAGUACCCCAAGUACCCUGCACCAACAACAGCCGCACCUGUUUACGUUGCACCUGCUACUAAAGCCCCAGUCUACGUUGCACCUACCACUGCCGCUCCAGUUUACGUUGCACCGAAAACCGAAGCUCCCGUCUACGUUCCUCCCGCAACCAAGGCCCCAGUCUACGUUGCUCCUGCCACUAAGGCUCCGGUCUACGUUGCCCCCACAACUGCUGCUCCCGUCUACGUUGCGCCAACCACCGCAGCUCCCGUCUACGUCAAACCAACCACUGCUGCCCCGGUUUACGUUGCACCUAAAACCGAAGCUCCAGUCUACGUUGCACCUAAAACCGAGGCUCCAGUCUACGUUGCUCCAGCAACCAAAGCUCCCGUUUACGUUGCACCUAAAACAGAGGCUCCAGUCUACGUAGCACCGACCACUGCCGCCCCAGUCUACGUCGCCCCCAAAACUGAAGCUCCCGCUUACAAAGCGCCUGCUUACGUUGCUCCCGCUUACGAAUCGGUUGAAAUUAAAACUACAGGCAAGAAAUACGGAUCAGUCCGAGCUCCAGGUUACAACUUGGGUUACGCCAAGACCGAGACCAGCGUUCCAGGCACCGUUGAGAUCAAUACCAACUACAAGUCCGUUAUCGUUGAGGAACCCAAAUAUGUCCCAGUCACCCCGGCUCCAUACAAACCGGUUGAAUACCCCAAGUACCCAGUGUACGUUGCCCCGACUACCGCAGCUCCGGUUUACGUUGCCCCGAAAACUGAAGCCCCAGUCUACGUUAAGCCAACGACUGCCGCUCCCGUCUACGUCGCUCCCGCUACUAAGGCCCCCGUCUACGUUGCCCCGAAAACCGACGCCCCAGUCUACGUUGCACCGGCAACCAAAGCUCCAGUCUACGUUGCCCCCGCCACGAAAGCUCCAGCCUACCUAGCCCCCGCUUACGAAACGGUGCAAGUCAAUACAGUCGGUAAGAAAUACGGUUCCGUCCGCGCACCUGGCUACAACUUGGGUUACGCUAAAACCGAAACCAGCGUUCCAGGCACCGUUGAAGUUAAGACCACCUACAAAGCCGUCGAAUACCCCAAAUACCCAGAGUACGUUGCCCCGACCACUGCUGCCCCCGUCUACGUUAAACCAACAACUGCUGCCCCAGUUUACGUUGCUCCUAAAACCGAGGCUCCGGUUUACGUUGCUCCCGCAACCAAAGCCCCAGUCUACGUUGCACCCAAAACCGAGGCUCCAGUUUACGUCGCACCGACCACGGCGGCCCCCGUUUACGUGAAACCAACAACAGCCGCCCCAGUCUACGUUGCGCCCGCAACUAAAGCUCCAGUUUACGUUGCCCCAAAGACGGAAGCUCCUGCUUAUGUAGCCACUGCGUACGUCGCUCCUACUUAUGAAAUCAAAACUCCAGGAAAGAAGUACGGAUCAGUCCGAGCUCCAGGAUACGUUUUGGGUUACGCCAGGACAGAAACCAGCCUUCCAGGCACUGUUGAGAUCAAGAACUACAAGUCGGUGACCGUUGAACAACCCAAGUACCCAGUCUACGUUGCCCCGACUACCGCAGCCCCAGUCUACGUUGCCCCGAAAACCAAGGCUCCAGUCUACGUUGCCCCGAAAACCCAGGCUCCAGUCUACGUUGCCCCGACUACCGCAGCCCCAGUCUACGUAGCCCCGAAAACCGAGGCUCCAGUCUACGUUGCUCCCGCAACCAAAGCCCCAGUCUACGUUGCUCCCGCAACUAAAGCCCCUGUCUACGUUGCACCAACCACCGCUGCCCCAGUUUACGUUGCCCCGGCAACUAAAGCUCCCGCCUACGUAGCCGCUGCUUACGAAACAGUUGAAAUCAAAACAGCAGGAAAGAAAUACGGAUCAGUCCGUGCCCCAGGUUACCACUUGCCUUACGCCAAGACUGAGACUUCUGUUCCAGGCACUGUUGAAAUCAAGACCAACUACAAGACCGUCACAGUUGAACAACCCAAAUACGUUCCAGCCAAGUACCCUGAAUAUGUCGCACCAACCACCGCAGCCCCCGUCUACGUUGCCCCGGCAACUAAAGCGCCGGUUUAUGUUGCCCCAAAAACCGAGGCUCCAGUCUACGUUGCCCCCACCACUGCCGCACCUGUCUACGUUAAACCAACGACUGCGGCGCCCGUAUACGUUGCACCCAAGAAUGAAGCUCCCGCUUACGUAGCUCCUGCUUACGUAGCCCCUGCUUACGAAUCAGUUGAAAUCAAAACAGCAGGAAAGAAAUACGGAUCAGUCCGCGCUCCCGGUUACAACUUGGGUUACGCCAAGACUGAAACCACUGUUCCAGGCACUGUCGAAAUCAAGACCAACUACAAAUCGGUCACUGUCGAACAGCCAAAGUACGUUCCAGCCGCACCUGCCCCCUACAGACCCACCGAGGCUCCCAAGUACCCAGUCUACGUUGCCCCUGCCACUAAGGCUCCAGUCUACGUUGCCCCCACGACCGCAGCACCGGUCUACGUUGCGCCCAAGACUAAAGCCCCCGCUUACGUUGCCCCCGCUUACGUUGCCCCUGCUUACGUAGCUCCUUCUUACGAAUCAGUUGAGAUCAAAACAACAGGAAAGAAGUACGGAUCAGUACGAGCUCCCGGAUACGUUUUGGGUUACGCCAAAACUGAGACCAGCGUUCCAGGCACCGUGGAGGUCAAGACCAACUACAAGUCGGUUACCGUUGAGCAACCCAAAUAUGUUCCAGCCAAGUACCCUGAAUAUGUUGCACCAACCACCGCUGCUCCAGUGUAUGUUGCACCCAAAACCGAGGCUCCAGUUUACGUCAAACCAACCACCGCAGCUCCAGUGUACGUUGCACCCAAAACUGAGGCACCCGCUUACAUCGCACCUAAAACUGAAGCCCCCGCUUAUGUAGCCCCCGCCUACGUCGCUCCUUCCUAUUCAUCCGUGGAAAUCAAAACUCCAGGCAAGAAAUACGGAUCCGUCCGCGCUCCAGGCUACAACUUGGGUUACGCCAAGACCGAGACCAGCGUUCCAGGCACCGUUGAAAUCAAGACCAACUAUAAAUCGGUCACCGUUGAACAGCCCAAAUAUGUUCCAGCUGCUCCUGCUCCAUACAAACCGACUGAGGCACCUAAAUACCCCGUUUACGUAGCACCUAAAACCGAAGCUCCUGCUUACGUUGCCCCCGCAACCAAGGCUCCCGUUUAUGUUGCCCCGAAAACCGAAGCUCCCGCUUAUGUUGCCCCUGCCUACGUAGCCCCAACAUACACAUCCGUCGAAGUGAAAACUCCAGGAAAGAAGUACGGAUCCGUCCGCGCUCCAGGCUACAACUUGGGUUACGCCAAGACUGAGACAUCCGUUCCAGGCACUGUUGAGAUCAAGACCAACUACAAACCAGCUGUGGUUGAAGAAACCAAAUACGUUGCACCGGUUACGUGGGUAGAAAAAUACGUUCCAGUUGCCCCAUCUGCAUACAGAACGACCGAGGCUCCUACAUACCAAGUUUACGUCGCACCUAAAACCGAGGCUCCGGUUUACGUUAAACCAACAACAGCAGCCCCAGUUUACGUUGCUCCUAAAACCGAAGCACCUGCUUACGUCGCCAAGUCUUACGAGUCGGUUGAGGUGAAAACUCCGGGCAAGAAAUACGGAUCAGUCCGAGCUCCAGGUUACAACUUGGGUUACGCCAAGACCGAGACCAGCGUUCCAGGCACCGUUGAGAUCAAGACAAACUACAAGUCGGUCACCGUUGAACAACCUAAAUAUGUUCCAGUCACCCCUGCUCCAUACAAACCGGUUGAGUACCCCAAAUAUCAAACCUACGUUGCCCCGACUAUCGCAGCUCCGGUUUAUGUCGCACCGACCACUGCCGCCCCGGUUUACGUUGCACCGACCACUGCCGCUCCAGCGUACGCUCCAUCGGUUGAAACGAAAAGUCCAGGAAAGAAAUACGGCUCCGUCCGAGCUGUUGGAUACAACUUGGGAUACGCCAAAACGGAAACCAGCACAGCCUAAAUUAAAUUACAAUUAAAAAGAACGAAUUAUUUGUUUCAAACCAAAUUUCAAAAUUCACCAGUAAUUUAAAGAUCUUUGGUUGGCGGCUUUAGGAUGAUGUCGAACUAUGUAUUUAUGACGUAUAGCUCUUUAUUAUUCGACGGAUUUCUAAAUGAAAUGACAUGAUCUUGUUUUUGGUUGUUGAAUGUGAGCUUCAAUGUGAGGGUUUCUAUUAGCGGUGCUCUAUAGCUGAAUUUAUUGUGAUGCUCCUCAAAAAGCCAUGCUUAUAUAUAUUGGUCCAAUUUUAUGAAUGAAUACAAUGAUUUAAAAAAUUA